AAAUCGACUAUCUUCUUUACAUUUGCACCUCUCUCUCUCUUACACACACACACAUAUAUAUAUAUAUAUAUAUAUAUAUAUAUCGAUUUUCUUUCUCUCCCUAGAUUGUGAUUUGUGGGUGUAUUAACAGGUAGAACUCCAAAGAUCUUUACUUAUUCUUCUCAGAUAUCCCUGUUUUGGCUCUGCAAUUUUUCGAUCUGUAUCCACUGGGAUUUUGAAUUAGUCUGUUCAAUUGGAAGCUAUUUGGAAGAUCACAGUUGAGGCACUUUAGAGAAAGAGUAGACAGUGGACAGAUAUGGCUAAUAAUGCAGCAGCUUGUGCUGAGAGGGCGACAAGUGACAUGCUGAUCGGUCCAGACUGGGCAAUAAAUUUGGAGUUAUGCGAUAUAAUAAACAUGGACCCUGGGCAAGCAAAGGAUGCCCUGAAGAUGGUCAAGAAGCGUCUAGGGAGCAAAAAUCCUAAAAUACAGCUUCUUGCUCUUUUUGUAUUGGAGACUCUCAGUAAAAACUGUGGGGAGAGUGUGUUCCAACAGAUUGUUGAGCGGGACGUCUUACAUGAAAUGGUCAAAAUUGUAAAGAAGAAGCCAGAUUUAAAUGUAAGGGAGAAGAUAUUAAUUUUGAUAGAUACAUGGCAAGAAGCUUUUGGGGGGCUCAGGGGAAGAUAUCCCCAAUACUUUGCUGCAUAUAAUGAACUAAAGGCUGCUGGAGUCGAAUUUCCGCCACGAGAGGAAAAUCGUGUACCGUUAUUUACUCCACCACAAACCCAGCCAGUGGUUCAACCAGUGGUUCACCCUGCUUCAUCAUACGAGGAAGCUGCUGUUCAGGCCUCUCUUCAGUCCGAUGCUUCUGGACUCAGCUUGGUAGAGAUCCAAAAUGCUGAGGGACUAGCAGAUGUGUUAAUGGAAAUGCUUGGUGCCUUGGAUCCUCAGAAUUGUGAGGGUGUAAAGCAAGAGGUGAUUGUUGACCUUGUUGACCAGUGCCGUUCUUACCAGAAGCGUGCUGUGAUACUUGUAAACAGUACUGCAGAUGAGGACCUUCUAUGCAAGGGAUUGGCGUUGAAUGAUAACUUGCAGCGUGUUCUUCGCCGGCACGAUGACAUUGCUGAAGGAACCCCUAGUGUGGGAGUUGGAACGAGAGAGACUCCAGUUGCACCUCUUUUGAUUGUGAAUCAUGAGGAUGAUGAAUCAGAAGAUGAUUUUGCCCAGUUAGCACACAGGUCAUCAAGGGAUACUUCACAGGGACAGGGACAGGGACGAAAAGCUGUCGGUGUUAAGAAUGAACCUGUGCGAAUCAGCCCUCUUCUUCCUCCUCCACCCUCAUCAAAGAAACCUAUCACUACAGAUGUUGGGCUGAUGGAUUAUCUAAGUGGUGAUCGCUUUGAUUCUGAAAGAUCUUCCAGAGCAUCGGGAUCCACUCCUAUUCCAGUCCCAACUCAUUCAAACCACACAACCACCUUUCAACCAUCAAGUCCAACACAAUCUUCAUCAUCCCCUCCAUCUGAUUUCAUAAACCCCACAGCAUCCAUGUUCACUGGGCAGCCUACGUAUGAUGAGCCAGCUCCGAUGUCAAAAUCUGCUGAUCCUCUGCCUCCAGCUCCUUGGGACAAUCCUUCUCCCGGCAUCCUUCCACCACCACCUUCCAAGUAUAACCAGAGACAGCAGUUCUUUGAGCAAAAGCAAGCCUUUUCUGGUGGUCCAUCUCAUUCAAGUAGUGGAUCCGGUUCCUCUUAUGAAAGCUUAGUUGGGCAGACCCAAUCUCUCUCUCUUAAUUCAUCUACCCCUACCAAAAAGGAGAAAUCGGAAGAUGCACUCUUCAAAGAUCUGGUUGAUUUUGCCAAAUCCAAGUCUUCAUCUCCGAAACCUAACAGGUCAUACUAAGUGAAGUUGUAGUUAGCAUUAAGAUUCUUUAUGGUGGUACAGUUUGAGUGUUGUUAGUUCAACAUCACAAGACUCCUUGAAUAAAUGUAAGUGGGAACUUAGAUUAUGACUUAUCCGUGGUAUUUAACAGUUUGGUCUUUUUUUUUCGAUUUGGCGCCUUGGGUGUUGGCUACUGCUGUAGAUGAGAGAUGAACUGCUUCUUAGAUAUGUAUGAGUUUGUGAAUGUAUAUUUUGUUUGAUUGUCAA